GCCUGUUACAUAACGCGCUCCAAUCACAUCCAGCUUCAAACACACCCCUGCUCGAUCACAUCCCGGCUGCUCGAUCACAUCCCGGCUAAUCGAUCACAUCCCUGCUCGCGCUGAAGGGAUCGGUGGUGCUUUAAGAGACAGAGUGGAUAGAUCCGCGAACGGGCUGGACCCCUCCUACCUCCCAGCGGGUUAAAACUCUGCCGUGUUCUCUUCCAGCCGAUAUUCCAAGUUAACUGAGAGCUGACAUGUUGGCAGAGAGAGGAAGACGAUGAUGCAGAAAGAUGAUGCAGACCUGUGAUCAAUGCCAGUAUCAUUAACCACUGAUAACUGCUGCCCACCCGUACAACACGAGCCAAUCAGCACACAGCCUAUGGAAGAAGCGUUCGAUCAGUUCAUCAUGGAGUCUCACCCCAAAGCCAACUACAGCCUCAUCCAACUAGCCUGGGACCAGGAGGAGUGUCCUUCCUCCAAGAGUGGCACCACCUUCCUCAUCCUGGUCUACAGCACCAUGAUCGCCGUGGGCAUCGUGGGCAACUCUUGCCUGGUCUUCGUCAUCGCCAGGCAGAAGGAGAUGCACAACGUCACCAACAUCUUCAUCGCCAACCUGUCCUGCUCGGACAUCCUCAUGUGCAUCUUCUGCCUGCCCGUCACGCUCAUCUACACCCUGAUGGACCGCUGGAUCCUGGGGGAGGCCCUGUGCAAGCUCACCCCGUUCGUGCAGUGCAUCUCGGUGACGGUGUCCAUCUUCUCCUUGGUUCUCAUCGCCAUGGAGCGCUACCAGCUCAUCAUCCACCCCACGGGCUGGAAGCCCAUGGUCGGCCAGUCCUACAUGGCGGUGGGCAUCAUCUGGGUGGUGGCCUGCCUCAUCUCCGUGCCUUUCCUGUCCUUCACCGUGCUGGACAACCUGCCGCUCCAGAACCUCAGCCUCCCCUUCCCCGGCCAGGACCACUGGCUGUGCACAGAGAGCUGGCCCACCAACAGCAACCGUCUGGCCUACACGACCUCCCUGCUGGUCUUCCAGUACUUCCUGCCGCUGGGGCUGAUCGCCGCCUGCUACUUGAGCAUCUUCCUGCGGCUGCGGCGGAGAAAGGACAUGGUGGAGCGUGCCCGCGACUCCUCCAGGGACAACCGGGCCAAGGGCUCGCGGCGGAUCAACGUCAUGCUGGGCUCCAUCGUGGCGCUGUUCGCCGUCUGCUGGCUGCCGCUCAACAUCUUCAACACCGUGUUCGACUGGCACCACGAGCUCAUGGUCUCCUGCCAGCACAACCUCAUCUUCUCCGUGUGCCACCUGGUGGCCAUGGCGUCCACCUGCGUCAACCCCGUCGUCUACGGCUUCCUCAACAGCAACUUCCAGAAGCAGCUGAAGGCCACGCUGUCACACUGCCGCUGCUGGGGCGCGGCGGAGCGCUACGAGAACCUGCCGCUCUCCGCCGUGAGCACCGAGGUCACCAAGGAGUCCCACAUGAGCAAAGGGUCCAUCAGCAUCCACUCCUAAAGCAGGGGGUCUUCCAGGAAGAGAGACUGAGACAGGAAGGGCCGACAAGAGACGUCAAGAGCCGAUGUGAGCCACGCUCCUCGCGGCGGCGGCGGCGGCGGCGUUGGCUGCUCAUCAAAGACGUUGUGAUCUUCUGACGAACGGGAGGACUUAUCCCUGAAGCUUCAGAUUGGGUAUCUCGCUGUGGUUGGCUUAUCAGUGGAUGAGGAGCGACAACAACUUUAUGGGCCGUGAUGACACAGUGCCCCUAAUUCCGCAUAAGAGGAAGUAAAUUACUGAAUGAGGGUGCAAAGGCCGUUGACGGUAAUAUCAUGUCAUACAGGACAGAGGGAGACACAAGCACUUAUUUUUUAUAUAUUUAUAUAUAUAUAUCUAUAUAAAUAGAUGUACAGUAUUUAUUGAUGUUUUGUGCACUAACCUAUGACAUAUAUGGAUGUGUAAACGGCAACACAAUAUUACGGAAUGGUUUGAAAUAAUAGUUCUUGCAUUGUACAACAUGUUUCCUGGAAGCCAGGUGGUAAUGAACCAUAACGGUUAAACAUUGCUAUUCACCACGGCUUGCCAAAAUAUAUAAAUAUAUAUAUAACUAUAAAAGGCUAUCACACCGCCCAGAUGGUACGAGAGAGAGGGAGUCGGCAAAUAAGUUACUUUAAUAACACUGGUGAAAACAAGCAAUUACAAAGGGAUAGUGAGCCAUAAUGCGUUAAUGAUUACCCAUUGGAAGGGGCUCAUUACAAUUCCGAUGGAGAAAAACAUCGGCGCUAAGGGUUUCUGCAGGCGUUCAUGUGCCCACUGAUGAAUUAUUUACUGGCAUCAUGGUAAUGGCAUUUCUGUUAUACAAAACCUUCAGAAAAUGGAUAGAAAAACUAUAGUUAUAUGGCCCUUCAAAUGGCCCAUGCAGCAAUAUAUAUAUAUUGUAUCUGUGGGCUUUUUAGUAGUAAAAUGUUCCAUGCAAUUGUCAUAUCAAGUGUCAUAAAACAUAAUGCAACGCACAGUAAAGGACAAUGUCAAUGUCA